GUGUAUCCUCCAUCGAUUAUAUAUUGUAUUAUUUUGUUUCUUACCCUGCCCAUUGUCUCCCUUCACCCACAUUAUCUUAAUGGGCCUGUGGAAAUAGUCCUGGAAUCAAAUGACGGAUUGCCUUGGGCCAAUCUGCUGCAAAAGAUCUCUCUCGAAGUGUUAAAAAAAACACACAAAGAUGUCACUUGGAGGGCCGAGGUGUCCCCGACCCGAGUCAUGGCGUGUUCAGUGCCCACAUAGGCAGGCAGAAGCUGGACAGUGAAGGAGGGGGGCCAGAAGGCAGUCUGGCGUUGAACAGGGAACACAUCAGCAGGACGGACAAGUCUGUCUGGGAAGAAAUAGAGCCAGCAUGCUCCUUAGAAGCAAGGACGGGAGACUUCAUGGCUCAUUCUUUGGAAGUGUGGUUGGGAGGGACCCAGGAGAAUGGCACCGUGCUUGGUACAGUGGAGGGCAGGGAAAAGGCCCUCAGCGAGAUGGCCCGACACAGUGGGCCCAAGCACAGCAGCGCUCGUGAGGAUGCGGGAUGGUGCAGGCCUGGGUAGCGCUGUGUUGGGAAUCCCCCAGCCUUUUCAGAAGCCGACAGUCAGCUCUGUGUCCUGAGAAAUGGCUGAGGCUGUUGCUUAGCCACUGAGCACUUAACACUGGACCCCGGGGAUUCGUUCCGAAAUGGACCUAGAGAAUGCCUUCCUCCUCAGGGUGGGGGUCGGCUGAGGUGGCCCCCCACUGAGGCGCUGUUCAGCUGCCUGCCCACAUCCUCGCUCCAGCGGGAAAACAGCAGUAACCACAGCUGCUGCUCCUUGCUUCUCGCAGGCUGUGUUUCCGGGCCGGGCGAUGUGCUGACACGGCCCUGGAUGCAUGCUAGGGAUGCAAAGCACCGUAGGGGCCAUGUCGGAGCGGGAGGAGCGGCGGUUUGUGGAGAUUCCCCGGGAGUCCAUCCGGCUCAUGGCAGAGAGCACGGGCCUGGAGCUGAGUGAUGAGGUGGCUGCUCUGCUGGCGGAGGACGUGUGCUACCGCCUCCGAGAGGCCACGCAGAACAGCUCCCAGUUCAUGAAGCACACCCGGCGGCGGAGGCUGACAGUCGAGGACUUCAACAGGGCCCUGAGGUGGAGCAGCGUGGAGGCUGUUUGUGGCUAUGGGUCCCAGGAGGCCCUGCCCCUGCGCUCAGCCAGGGAGGGUGAGCUCUCCUUCCCUGAAGACCGAGAGGUGAACCUGGUGGAGCUGGCCCUGGCCCCCAGCGUCCCUACAGGCUGUGCGGAGACAGCUGUGAGAGUUCACGUCUCCUAUCUGGAUGGCAAAGGGAACCUGGCGCCUCAGGGAUCAGGUAAGAGGCCAUGCGGGGAUGCAUCCUCGCCUGCCCUGGUGGCGCUGCAGGGACUUAAGCGUCAGCUCUACUCACAAAUCCGAAGAACCUUCAUCUACCAGAGUGGGCCUUCCAAACUCAAGUUUGAGCAUAGGGAAUUUGGCCGCAUCCACUCCCUUCCUGGUCCUCAGUUUCCCAUACUGGCGGACAGUCCCUGCAGCCGGGCCCUUCCUUCACAGAUCGCUCUCCAAGACCUGCAGACCAACUCCAAGAUCGCCGCGCUGCUGCCCUACUUUGUGUACGUGGUCAGCGGGGUGAAAUCUGUGAGCCAUGACCUGGAGCAGCUGCACCGGCUGCUGCAAGUGGCCCGGAGCCUCGUUCGGAAUCCACACCUCUGCUUGGGGCCCUACGUGCGCUCCCUGGUGGGCAGUGUCCUCUACUGCGUCCUGGAGCCACUAGCUGCCUCUAUCAACCCCCUGAAUGACCACUGGACUCUGCGUGACGGGGCCGCCCUCCUACUCAGCCACAUCUUCUGGACCCAUGGGGACCUCGUCAGUGGCCUCUACCAGCAGAUCCUGCUCUCCCUGCAGAAGGUCCUGGCAGACCCAGUGCGCCCACUCUGCUCUCACUAUGGGGCCGUGGUGGGGCUGCACGCUCUGGGCUGGAAGGCAGUGGAACGAGUCCUCUACCCGCAUUUGUCCACCUACUGGACAAACCUCCAGGCAGUGUUGGACGACUACUCAGUGUCCAAUGCCCAAGUGAAGGCAGAUGGGCACAAAGUCUAUGGAGCCAUUCUGGUGGCCGUGGAGAGACUGCUGAAGAUGAAGGCCCAGGCUGCAGAGGCCAGCAGGGGCGGCCUGGCGGGCAGGGGGGGUCGCUGCCCCGACGACCUGCCCUGGGACAGCCUCCUCCUGCAGGAGCCGCCCUCGGGUGCCACGGCUGAGCCCGGUUUUGGGGUGGGCCUCCGGCUGCCACCCGGGAGCGCGGGGCCGGAGGAGCCUUCCCAGUCGGUGACCCUGGCGGACACCUAUCGAGAACUCUACGCCUUCUUUGGCGACAGCCUGGCCACCCGCUUUGGCACUGGCCAGCCCGCGCCCACCGCCCCGAGGCCACCCGGGGACAAGAAGGAGCCGGCGGCCGUCUCCCUGAAGAUUGUAGCUAGCUGCCAGGAAGCCCAGAAAAUCUCAUGGACACCCCCAGGGACCGCCUUGCAGUUUUACUCCAGUCUACAUAAUGCUGAAGCCGCCUCGUGGGUGAACCUGGUGCUGUGGUGUGUGGUCCUGGUGCUCCAAGGCCUGCAGUGGAAGCUGGAAGCCACCCCAUUCCGGCCUCUGGAGAAGGGGGACCCCGAGUGGAGCUCUGAGGCAGACGCUCUCUUUGGGAGUCACCAUCCUCACUCCUGAAGUGUGACCGGCCAAAGCUAGCGCUUCUUGCCGCUGAAGACCCAAGUGCCUCUCAUCUGCUUUGCUUUCCCCUCACCCGCGCUGUGCCAGGAGCCUGGGCUCCUCCGGAGGGAAGCAUAUUCCCCUUUGCCCAUGGCUGUUUUUGUACCACAAUAUAGGACUGUCUUCCUUCGUCUUC